CGUGCGCGCGAGGGUGUGUGCGCGGUCGAGGCGGAGCGCCCGGGCGGGCGGCGGGGACAGCGGCGGCGGCGGCGGCGUUAGGACUCGGGGGACACCGCCCCCCGCCCCCGCGUCCCGCCCCCGCCCAGCCUCCCGCCUCAGUUCGCGCCGCGCCUCGGCUCGGAGCGCAGCGGCGCCGGCUCCCGGAGCCCAGCGGAGCCAGCCGGGCGCCCAGCAGCGCGCACUGCCCGCCCGCCCGCGGCCGCGCCGGCGAUGCGGGGCCGCCCCGCGCCCGCCUCAAUCCCGGCCCGGGCCCCCGCGGGAAGGGGCUGAGCCCCCGAUGGCCGCCGCCCGGAUGGCGAAGCUCGCCGCGCUCGCCCUCAGCCUGCUCCUGCAGCUGCCGCCGCUGCCCGGCGCCCGGGCGCAGAGCGCCGCAGGAGGCUGCUCCUUUGAUGAGCACUACAGCAACUGUGGCUAUAGUGUGGCCCUGGGGACCAAUGGAUUCACCUGGGAGCAGAUUAACACGUGGGAGAAACCAAUGCUGGACCCAGCAGUGCCCACAGGAUCCUUCAUGAUGGUGAACAGCUCUGGGAGGGCCUCUGGCCAGAAGGCCCACCUUCUUCUGCCCACCUUGAAGGAGAACGACACCCACUGCAUCGACUUCCAUUACUAUUUCUCCAGUCGGGACCGCUCCAGCCCGGGAGCCUUGAAUGUCUACGUGAAGGUCAAUGGAGGACCCCAGGGGAACCCUGUCUGGAACGUGUCUGGGGUAGUCACCGAGGGCUGGGUGAAGGCAGAACUUGCGAUUAGCACCUUCUGGCCACAUUACUAUCAGGUGAUUUUUGAAUCCGUCUCUUUGAAGGGUCAUCCUGGCUACAUCGCGGUGGAUGAGGUCCGAGUCCUUGCUCAUCCGUGCAGAAAAGCACCUCAUUUCCUGCGACUCCAAAACGUCGAGGUGAACGUGGGGCAGAAUGCUACCUUUCAGUGCAUCGCUGGUGGGAAGUGGUCUCAGCAUGACAAACUUUGGCUCCAGCAAUGGAAUGGCAGAGACACAGCCCUCAUGGUCACUCGUGUGGUCAACCACAGGCGUUUCUCAGCCACGGUCAGUGUGGCAGACACAGCCCAGCGCAGUGUUAGCAAAUAUCGCUGUGUGAUCCGCUCAGAUGGGGGAUCUGGUGUUUCCAACUAUGCGGAGCUGAUUGUAAAAGAGCCUCCCACGCCCAUUGCGCCCCCUGAGCUGCUGGCUGUGGGGGCUACCUAUCUGUGGAUCAAACCGAAUGCCAACUCCAUCAUAGGGGAUGGACCCAUCAUCUUGAAGGAGGUGGAAUACCGCACCACCACAGGCACCUGGGCUGAGACCCACAUUGUCGACUCUCCCAACUAUAAACUGUGGCAUCUGGACCCCGAUGUGGAGUAUGAGAUACGGGUGCUGCUCACAAGACCAGGCGAAGGGGGAACAGGACCUCCGGGGCCUCCUCUCACCACCAGGACCAAGUGUGCUGACCCUGUGCAUGGCCCACAGAAUGUGGAGAUUGUGGACAUCCGAGCCCGGCAGCUGACUCUGCAGUGGGAACCCUUUGGCUAUGCUGUAACCCGCUGCCACAGCUACAAUCUCACAGUGCAGUACCAAUAUGUGUUCAACCAGCAGCAGUACGAAGCUGAAGAGGUCAUUCAGACCUCUUCACACUAUACCCUGAGGGGCCUGCGCCCUUUCAUGACCAUCAGGCUGCGGCUACUGCUGUCCAACCCUGAGGGGCGGAUGGAGAGCGAGGAGCUGGUGGUGCAGACUGAAGAGGAUGUUCCAGGAGCUGUUCCUCUUGAAUCCAUCCAAGGGGGACCCUUUGAAGAAAAGAUCUACAUCCAGUGGAAACCUCCCAAUGAAACCAAUGGUGUUAUCACACUCUACGAGAUCAACUACAAAGCUGUUGGCUCCCUGGACCCAAGUGCUGAUCUUUCUAGCCAGAGGGGGAAAGUGUUCAAGCUCCGGAAUGAAACUCACCAUCUCUUUGUGGGUCUGUACCCGGGGACCACCUAUUCCUUCACUAUCAAGGCCAGCACAGCCAAGGGUUUUGGGCCCCCAGUCACCACUCGGAUUGCAACCAAAAUUUCAGCUCCUUCGAUGCCUGAAUAUGACACAGACGCCCCACUGAAUGAAACAGACACAACCAUCACAGUGAUGCUGAAACCUGCCCAGUCCCGGGGAGCCCCUGUCAGUGUUUAUCAGCUGGUUGUCAAGGAGGAGAGACUUCAAAAAUCCCGAAGGGCAGCUGACAUCAUCGAGUGCUUCUCGGUACCUGUGAGCUAUAGGAAUGCCUCCAGCCUGGAUUCUUUACACUACUUUGCUGCUGAAUUGAAACCUGCCAACCUACCUGUCACCCAGCCAUUUACAGUGGGUGAUAACAAAACAUAUAAUGGCUACUGGAACCCUCCUCUCUCCCCACUGAAAAGCUACAGCAUCUACUUCCAGGCUCUCAGCAAAGCAAAUGGAGAAACCAAAAUCAACUGUGUUCGUCUUGCUACGAAAGCACCAAUGGGCAGCGCCCAGGUGACCCCGGGGACUCCACUCUGCCUCCUCACCACAGGUGCCUCCACCCAGAACUCUAACACCAUGGAACCAGAGAAACAGGUGGACAACACUGUGAAGAUGGCCGGCGUGAUUGCUGGCCUGCUCAUGUUCAUCAUCAUUCUGCUGGGUGUGAUGCUCACCAUCAAAAGGAGAAGAAAUGCUUAUUCCUACUCCUAUUACUUGAAGCUGGCCAAGAAGCAGAAGGAGACCCAGAGUGGAGCCCAAAGGGAGAUGGGACCUGUGGCCUCAGCUGACAAACCUACCACCAAGCUCAGCUCCAACCGCAAUGAUGAAGGAUUCUCCUCUAGUUCCCAGGAUGCUAAUGGAUUUACAGAUGGCAGUCGUGGGGAGCUGUCGCAGCCCACUCUCACAAUCCAGACUCAUCCCUACCGGACCUGUGACCCUGUGGAGAUGAGCUACCCCCGGGACCAGUUCCAACCUGCCAUCCGGGUGGCCGACCUGUUGCAGCACAUCACCCAGAUGAAGAGAGGCCAGGGAUACGGGUUCAAGGAGGAAUAUGAGGCCUUACCUGAGGGGCAGACUGCUUCAUGGGACACAGCCAAAGAAGAUGAAAAUCGCAAUAAGAAUCGAUACGGGAAUAUCAUAUCCUAUGACCAUUCCAGGGUGAGGUUACUGGUGCUGGAUGGAGACCCACACUCAGACUAUAUCAACGCCAACUACAUUGAUGGGUACCAUCGACCACGACACUACAUUGCAACCCAAGGUCCCAUGCAGGAGACAGUAAAGGACUUUUGGAGAAUGAUCUGGCAGGAGAACUCAGCUAGCAUCGUCAUGGUCACAAACCUCGUGGAAGUGGGCAGGCACCCAGCGGAACACACUAUGGGAAAUGCCACGCUAGGCCGUGCGGCGUCCCCCGGAAUGGUGAAGUGUGUGCGAUACUGGCCAGAUGAUACAGAAGUCUAUGGAGACAUUAAAGUCACCCUGAUUGAAACAGAGCCCCUAGCGGAAUAUGUCAUUCGUACCUUCACAGUCCAGAAGAAAGGCUACCAUGAGAUCCGGGAACUCCGCCUCUUCCACUUCACCAGUUGGCCUGACCACGGCGUUCCCUGCUAUGCCACCGGCCUCCUGGGCUUCGUCCGUCAGGUCAAAUUCCUCAAUCCCCCGGAAGCUGGGCCUAUCGUGGUCCACUGCAGUGCUGGAGCUGGGAGGACCGGCUGCUUCAUUGCCAUCGAUACCAUGCUUGACAUGGCUGAGAACGAAGGGGUGGUGGACAUCUUCAACUGUGUGCGUGAGCUUCGGGCACAGAGAGUCAAUUUGGUACAGACAGAGGAGCAGUAUGUGUUCGUGCAUGAUGCCAUUCUGGAAGCCUGCCUCUGCGGUAACACGGCCAUCCCCGUGUGUGAGUUCCGCUCUCUCUACUACAACAUCAGUAGGCUGGACCCCCAGACGAACUCCAGCCAGAUCAAAGAUGAAUUUCAGACACUCAACAUUGUGACACCACGUGUCCGGCCCGAGGACUGCAGCAUCGGACUCCUGCCCCGGAAUCACGAUAAGAAUCGGAGCAUGGAUGUCCUGCCUCUGGAUCGCUGCCUGCCUUUCCUGAUCUCAGUGGAUGGAGAAUCCAGCAACUAUAUCAAUGCAGCACUGAUGGAUAGUCACAAGCAACCUGCCGCCUUUGUGGUCACCCAGCACCCUCUACCCAACACUGUGGCAGACUUCUGGAGGCUGGUGUUCGAUUAUAACUGCUCUUCUGUGGUGAUGCUGAAUGAGAUGGACACUGCCCAGCUCUGCAUGCAGUACUGGCCUGAGAAGACGUCUGGGUGCUAUGGGCCCAUCCAGGUGGAGUUUGUCUCAGCAGACAUCGAUGAGGACAUCAUCCACAGGAUAUUCCGCAUCUGUAACAUGGCUCGGCCCCAGGAUGGAUACCGUAUCGUCCAGCACCUCCAGUACAUUGGCUGGCCUGCCUACCGGGACACGCCCCCCUCCAAGCGCUCUCUGCUCAAAGUGGUCCGGAGGCUGGAGAAGUGGCAAGAGCAGUACGAUGGGAGGGAGGGCCGCACAGUGGUCCACUGCCUAAAUGGGGGAGGCCGCAGCGGAACCUUCUGUGCCAUCUGCAGUGUGUGUGAGAUGAUCCAGCAGCAAAACAUCAUCGACGUGUUCCACAUUGUGAAGACUCUGCGGAAUAACAAAUCUAACAUGGUGGAGACCCUGGAACAGUAUAAAUUUGUAUAUGAGGUGGCACUGGAAUAUUUAAGCUCCUUUUAGCCCAGUGGGAUGGAGAAACCUGCCAGAGUUCAGAGGCUGCUGCGGUCAAGCCCCUUUUUCUCUGAAUGGCAGUGACUGGGCCCAGGGACUCAGAGGUAGCACCCCUGCGUAACUCCAAGGAAGAUGGGUGGCUCUGUGUUCUGUGGUGGGCUCUGCACCUUCCGAAGGGGUCUCCUGUACCUGUGGGAGAUGCUAAACUCACAAGCCCAGGAUCCCUUCCACACCCAACCAGCCACAACCUCGGGCCCAAACAGAAGUGCACCCACAAACAAGGCCCUGGACUUGUGGUUCCCAGACCUCUUGCUUUUGUUCUUUUGGAGUUUGUGAUUCUUACAGCAAGCCAACUGUGCAGGUGCUGGGGAUGGAGAGGCUGGCCAGCAGCUCUUUUUGCCUCCUUCUCUUAGGAAUGUUGGAAAUGUGAAUUCUACUCCUCCAUGUAGUUUUUAUGGAAAAGAAUGGGGAUUUGGAAAUCACUUCUCUGAUGCCCCCUGCAAUCUCCUUCAGAGAUCUCUGAAAGCAGACACCUGCUCAUCUGGAUCAGGGUGACCUCAGAAUGAAUCCUGGACAACAGCAUUGGCUCCUCUUCAACCUCACACCUAAUCUGCAUGGGACUUGGCCCACCACCAUUCUGUACCCCUCCCCCAGCCCAGGCCUUGUCCAUCUGUCAUUCCUGGCCAGGCAGCUCUGCCCACAGCACAAUUUCAUAAAAGAUUUUCUUUUCUGUUUGUGGUCCGUGGGAAAGAGGGGCUAGAACUUUGUAAAAGGGACCAACCUGGUACAGGGCUCUGGGUGGCUUGUACAAUGUAACUCCUGUUUCUCCUGGGUGGUAGCUGCCUCUGGGAGGGAUGAAGAAUAUAAGAUUUGAUUAUUUUCCCAAGUGUAUGUGAAAAGCAAUUUUCUUUUGAGGGUGUAAAAUCUUAGUCUCUUCUGUCAAAAAGUUAAGGUGAGAGUUUAACUAUGUAGUUAUGAGACAAGUCUCUUGAGCCUAUUAUAGUAUCUGGUUAUGUCCUUGAAAGCUUCCCACCAGGGAGAGUACAGCCCAUAAGCAAAGGAGAGAUGGGCUAGUCAGAAAAUGAUCCCUGAUUUCUGGGACAUAGACAGCACUAGCUUUGAGCAUAAUUUGAAUCUCCAAAAAUGUGCUUCUUCCUAAAGAAAUUUAGUCUCCAUCUUGCAAAAGGCCAUUGUGGACCCAAUCAUGCUUUGGUUUAAAAUAACUCAAAGGGAUUAGGCCUGGGACUCUGGGACUUGUCCAAAGUAUGAGUCAAGGAAAGAAAGCCAACAUCUGCUACGUAUCUCCAAGCAUCAUUCUUGGCACUUGUCAUAUGGCAUCUUGCAUAGUCUCACCGCCCCUAGCAGGAAGCUCUUAUCGUCUCCAUUUUGCAUUUUGCAUUUUGUGGAAACUGAGGAACUUUUCUCAGUGAUGGAAUCAUGGGCUCCAAAACAGCAGACAAAGAUGACAGAACUUCUCUGAACUGUUUUCUUCAUACUGCCUCAGUCAAGCAAUUAUUUAAUGGAGGAAAAGUAAAGCUAGGAAUUUCUGAGAGAACUUUAUGAAUGGAAAUUUAGUUUUCUUUCUCCAGUUCUUCUGGGAAAUUCAAAUUUUCAGAUGUAUUUUAGUAACUCAUUCCCUGUCCCCCUGGAAAGCUAGUUUCAUCUAAUUUCUUCUUCCAGUGAAAAAUAAAUCUAUUCCCCCAGGUUUUCAAGGAGCCAGCCAGGAAUAUUCUUCCUUGGUCUCUAGCCAGUGCUUAGGUACAAUAUCUGACUGGCUCAGGUGUCCUGAGAUCUAAGAAGCUCCAUCUUACAGGCUGGUCUAUCCAUGAAUAGAAUAUGAGGAGUACAGAAUUCAAUAAAACAUAGUUUGUGCCCUUAAAGGCUCACUGUGUACUGCAAAAAUUGAAUCACAAUACAUUAGAAGUUGAGUAUAUGCGUAUUACUUGAGCUUACAUGCAAGAGCCUCAUUCUGUCUAGGGCUCCCUAAAGGAAGUAGCAUCCGUUCCAGAUGGGUCUCAUCAGGUCCAAAAAGGAAGAAAAGGAGGUUCAAGCUGAUGGAACAGUAUGUGUAAUGGCAAAGAGGUACAGGAAGGCAUCAGGAAGGACAGAAGAUAGGAGGCCAGUCCAACUGGAGCACAGCAGGACAGGAAGAAUGGCAAGAAGUAGGCUGGGGUCAGGAAAACAGAUGACACACAGAGAAUGCAGAUGUUGCCCUGUGGUAAACAAGAAGCUAGCAAAGCUUCACAGUGAUGUGCUCACCCCAGUGCUGAAGAGGCCAGUGGGGCAGCCUCUUCUUCUUUCAUCAGACACUGUGAAAACAAACUCUAAAAUGUGUUAUUUUUUAAUAUUGUUCUAUUUGUCUUUCUGCUCAUUAUUUUGUGGCUGGAACAAAAUACGCAGUGAAUCAUGAGACACUGUUCCUGUAAGAGACACAGGAUCUCUGCUUUACCACAGAGAAGGGUCAGCAAGCCAGGCCUCCAAGCUCACUAAGAUGGGACAUGAAAGCAGCCCAUGAAAGCUGCCUCCAUUGGCAAAGCCUCUGGAGCUGUCUAGAUGUCCAGGGACACCAGACUUGAUCAAGGAAGGACUGUCACUUUGGAAGUUCAAAAGGAAAUCUCAAAGCAAAGGCAGGCAAAGGACCCCCAGGACUAACUCGCUCUUCUUCUUUGAUGGGCCUCAUCCCAGGGCCCAGCCCUCACUGGUCCUGCUGGUUUCCUGUGGCUCCAGACCACUCCCCCAACAGGCCUUCCCCAAGGCACCUGUAGCAUGGUAUAUCAGACUGUUGGCUCCUAUUUCUUGAGAUCUUGGCUCAUCCAGACAAGCUGAGGGUGAAUACAGGGCUGUUUCACACAAACCCUCGGAUUUAUUCUGCUCAUGAAGGGUUGAAAUAGCUGCCAGAUAAAAAUGAGAGAAGCCUUAUCAUCUAAAAUGGUAAACAUUUAAAGGGUGGCUUCAGGGAGAAGGAAACUUGUAAAACUUCAAGCCAUGGUGAGUUAACCCAACAAGGCCAGUGUGUUUGUUUAUUUUGUCACAAUUUACCCACUGUCCAAAGAAAGCAGGGUAAUGAGCUGGUCUUAGGUGUUGUACAAAAAAUGAAUCAAGGCUCAUGGAUGGAAGUGACUUCUCUAAGAUCCCACAGAAAGGCUACCUGGCAGAGAUUGGAUAAUAUCUGGUAAUAAUGCCCAGAAUUCAGACUUGAUAACUUGCCCAGGAAAUCUCACAAGCAAACAUCACAUCUCCAGAUAUAUCUUCACCUCACCUUAGUAACAAGGUAGGCUCACCUUUCUAAGAGCAGAGGAAGAUAGUAUUAAUGCACUCCACAGUAGAAUUCUGUACACUCAUCUACAAGGUGCCAAAGAGUUCCCUCCCUUAGCAAAGAUCUUCCUAUGGGACCCCUUCUAGAGAAGAUGCACGGAAUUAGUAAGAAGCUGGAAAUUGCCCCCACCCUGUGUGUGUUUAUGGCCUAGAUAGAUUCAGAAUAUAUCUCAGGUGCAUCACAACAUUUGUCACUUCACCCAGGUGAUGUGAAGAUCCAGGGCCAGCUGGGGACCUCUGGGCUGCUAGAUAGCCCAGCAAGUCUUCUUGUGUGGGAAGAAAGGCACCAGCUUGCUAGGUAUUGGCCUCAUCUAAGCAUGUGGCCUAAGCAAUUGCCCACCAGAUGUCAUCGCAUGAACUAGCUGAACCUGUUCUGGGGACUCUAGUAGGUGUGCUCAUUUCUCCCAAGAAGAGUGGUUGUGAUUACCAUACAACCACUUUACUGAGGAACCAGAGAUGCCCAGGAAGAAAUCACUUGCCCACAGCUCCACACCUAGUAAAUGAGCAAGCCAGGCAUUAUACUGUUUUUCUGACCAAAAGACAGUAUGUAUCUACCGUUGUCUCAGAUUUUCCCAUGGGGUUACUUAUAACAGCAAAGACAAGAGUAGAACAGGUAACUGGAUCUCAGUAAGCCCACUGAAGCCAAUGUAAGUAUAAAAUCCCCUUAUAGUCUCAUAUUUUAAUAAUUCAUGCAAUAUUUGCAUUCCACUUCCUAAUUUAAACUGAUUGUCUCAACAUGACUCUAUAAAUACUUUUCUAAAAUGUGCUCUAUGUAGUUUUGAUCAGCAGACCCUUGUAUAGACCCCAGGGAACAAUAUCCCAGUCGGUGAUAUAGUAUCUGACCUGCUGUUAUCCACUAAGGCCAAUUCCUGACUGAAGCUCAAAACCACCUCACCCACCCUCAUGUCAGCAGAUACCUUUGUGUGCAAGUACCUCGUCCUCACUGUUCCCAGAUUAGCCUCAACUAAGCUCUCUUCCAGUUGGGUGCUGGGAGGAAUCCUUUAACGGAGUAAAAGGAUGAAGACUUGCCCACCUGGCAUGGUGAGGGAUGAUACCACAAAGCCCUCAAAGGAAAAGGCAAGCUGGAUGCAGCUUUAGGCAACAGACUCCUGAAUGCUGGGCUUCUAGAAUGUGGUACCCACUGUCUAGAUGGAGUCUAAUGUUUGCUAAGUGUGCGACUCCGUGAAUAAAUUUUACAUGAGGAUCUUGGGUCUAGAAUGCCCCUUAAUUUACCUUAAUAUACAGGUACAGCAUUUCUACAAUAUGCAGCACACUGGAGGAGUACUACCAGGAAGCACAGAUUACUGUGGCACAGUGCAUCCCUUGGUGAGGGAUGAGGUGAUGGUGGAAAGAGACCAGUCUUUGAACUGUAGCAUUGUCAUCUCUUGCCUAUAGAAUAGUGGAGCAAACAACUCAUAGAAAAAUAAGCAUGCAAAGGGAAGCCUCAAGUAGUAGGAGUAGAUCUGGGAGAAAUUAAGUAGGAAAACAGGAAGGCAAGACCAGGAAAUUGGAAGCCAAUGAAUACUCAACCAACGAUGCUUAUGAACUAUUUGGUCACUUCUGUCAAAUGGCAGGAUGGAGAAUGGAGCAAAGGCACAGCUUUGGGGGUGAAAAUUCAGUAAGAGGUGAUCAUCAUUUUCCCUCUGACCAAUCAUGCUUAUUUAUCUUCCAUUUCUGGUCAUACUUACAUCCUAAUAUAUGUCUUUACCAGAAUCCAUGUCUCCACCACUCUGGUGUGACCUCUGCAAAGUACACAAAAGUGUCAAUUUAGAAGGUUUCUGCAGACAACAGAAGUGAAUUCCAGGUGGGAAUAGUCUGGUACUUACCAUGUCAUCCCUGGAGCAGUGAAGGAAAUGAUCAUUCCCUUGGACCUCACUGCCUAAGGGAAGAAUAAAGAAAAUCAUUUCCUUAGUCUGAAGCUGGCCACUCAUGAGCUGACCAGAUAAGCUAUCAGCACCAAGCUGAAUCAGGACUUGCUGUGAAAGACAUAGAUGAACUCAAGUGUCCGUAUAAGCAGGAUGUUGAUCCGAAGCCAAAAAGUCAAUAAACUAUACUGGGCCAAAAUCCCCAGGGACAAGUUACCAACCAAAGCUGACUUACCUUUCCCACCACAAAACCAACAUGAGCCUUUUCUCAGCUUUUGACCAGUUCCAAAUCACAGUCAAGUAUAACAGAAAUAGGAAAAGUAAGUCCAACUAGAUAAAAACAACUGAGAUUCAGUCUUGUCUAUGUACUCCCAUGCAAAGGCUCCCAGUCAAGAUUUUCCAUGUGAACAUAUCUAGGAAUUGUAAAAUAUAGUUUUGGCUUCAUCUAGCAGGAGUCUUCCUUUGAGGUCAUAUACUGUCCUAGCUACAGAAAGAGGUCAGUGGUAGACAACUCCAAUUUCCUCUGACACAUAUUUCAAGGCCAUAGAUUUUAUCUCCAAAAGUACAGAAGAGAUGUCUUUGCCAUAUCUGUGCACAUAAACAGACUUAGUUUCUUGGUUACCAAGGACAUACUUUUGAAUGAGACUGGCUGUUGAACUGUCAUGGAGAAAUCAUGACCAUCUCUUUCAUAUUUCUUGUGUAGCUUCAGAAGAGAAAGAAAAAGGUAUCAAAGGGAACACAUUCACUUAUGAGGUCCAACCCUGAAUGUUAGGUCUCCAAGAGGAGGAAUCACCAUUCACAGUGGUAACCCCCAAGCUGGCAUAACAUCCACUUAAGAGCUUAUUAGUAGUUCACUGAGGAUAUGGGAAGAGUCGGGAUGAAAAGAGCUUUAAGGAGCAGAUCACCAUGGGGCUUCCUUCCAUCUGAGUCCUGCUCUGGGUGGUAUGAUACAGACUUUGAGCCUUGAUUGGAAUGCCCAGAGAAAUAAGAGGUAGGGAUUUGGAGUACUGGUUAAGAAAGAAUAAGAAAGUCUGGAGCUCAGGGUAGUUAAUGUAGUUCAUGAUUCCUUGUUGAGCAGGGCUCUUGGAUUUGGGGGAGGAAGAGAAGAAAGGAAUAAACUGGUAACUGCAAAACUGAAUCUUAUAUAAGUACUUCAGUGCCUUUGGGUUUGUGAAUACAAAUUGGCAGGCCUCAUGUGAUGGUCUGACAAACUCUCAUAGCCCAACCCACUUUACUUCUGCCCAAGGCAGAUUAAUGGUAUAAGGUUUUUUGGGGGGUCAAAGUCCCCAGAGUUUUCUGGAGCCUUGGCAAGGAGGUGCACAAAGCAGUGUCAUUCUAAGUAAAAUCAGGCUUCAGAGAGUCAGGCAGAUUACUAGUGCCCAUAUCUUCUGUAGGAUUGCAGGUUAUUGGAUAAAAUCGAGCAGUUUGCUAGUCCUGAGCUACUCCUGUGGAUGGAACCAGUAGCAAUGGGGAAAAGUUCAGAGCUCUAAAGGAGAACUUGCUGACUGUUAGAGAGGAUGAGCUGCCAGCUCAGCAGCUGGCCACCAGAUCCCAGGAGUCUCUUUAAGGGCAGAAGAAGCAUUGUUGAGAUGGCUUGCUGGUCAUUUCCAUCCUAGUUGGGUGAGAGCCUGUAGGCUGAGAACAUGUUUGAACUCAUUUAUACCUGCAGUCAAGUCAUGUUUUGUUUGUGUAGGUCAAUGUCUCUGCUCUCACAUCCAACCUUACUUAACACACUAGCCAAGAUGUUAUUCUGGCCACAAAUCCUGGGCUUGUCCGAGCUUGGUUAUCACCAGACACUAAACCAGAAAAAAAUGGCUUCUUUGCCAUAGACCUGAUGCCCACUGAGAUUUCUGAUGAGAACCCAUUAGCCAAGGGGGCCACCAAAAAUAGCCAGAUCAACUAAAGGUCCAAGCAGGAUCCAGAGAAGGGCUUUGCUUACCAUGUUCAUUAUCUCCAGUGGUUAUUUCUACCCCAAUUCCCCACUCAAGGCCUAUUGGCACAGAUUUCAAAAGCACAGUGAUACAGUGCACACCAGAUAUUAAUCAUUCCCAGUGCAUAUAUUCCAUCACUAGAGGAAUCUUGGGUUUCUUCAGGUUAACCCAAGAUUACCCAUAUUGGUAAUCAGUCUCAAAAGCACUAUUUUAAUCUUCUCUUUUCAUUAUGCAUCCUAGUGGCCAAUCAAAGGCAGAGUUGGGACCUCUACCGCUGCUUUGGUGACUGGUCACCCUCAUAGCUAACAGCUAUCAUGUCAUCCCUACUCAUCUUCGUGGAGGCUGACAUUUUCGUAUCCACAGGAUAUGAUAUUGCAUGAGACCAAAGUCUCCACAUUAUUUGCAGCCUCCUCCACAAAUCCCAAUGGCCUGCACUUGUACAGUUUGGGUGUUUGAUAGAUAAAGCACGUAUGAGAAGAGAAAACAAAAUAAAUCAAUUUUAAAAAGGAGCCAGCACUGUGCUGUCAAUGUUCUUUUUUUUCUUUUUCUUUCCAAUUCUAGCUUAAAAAAAGCAGAAGGUAAAUAAUGUCAGGUCAAUGAAUAUCAGAUAUAUUUUUGACUGUACAUUACAGUGAAGUGUAAUCUUUUUACACCUGCAAGUCCAUCUUAUUUAUUCUUGUAAAUGUUCCCUGACAAUGUUUGUAAUAUGGCUGUGUUAAAAAUCUAUACAAUAAAGCUGUGACCCUGAGAUUCAUGUUUUCCUAA